AUGAAAUACUUAGUUGUUUUGGCUUUAGUCCUCGCUUUGUCUUCUGCUUUGAUCACUGUACCAAUCAGAAAGCCUCAAGAAAACACUCUCUAAAAAUUAUUGAGAGUUAACUCUUUGAAGGGUAACAUCCAAGCUUUACUCAACAAGCUUUUCCCCUCCAACAUGGUUUCCUCAUGGCCCGAAGUUAAGAUUAACAACUAUAUGGAUGCUUAAUACUUUGGUGAAGUCUCCAUUGGUACCCCCGCUUAAACUUUCACUGUUAUUUUCGAUACUGGUUCUUCCAACCUUUGGGUUCCCUCUUCUGAAUGUGGUCUCUUGUCCGUUGCUUGCCAAUUACACAAGAAGUACAACGCCAAGAAGUCCAAAACCUACUAAAAGAAUGGUACCGAAUUCUCCAUCAAAUACGGUUCUGGUAGCGUUGCUGGUCACUGGUCUGAAGAUACUGUCUCCCUUGCUGGUCUUGAAGCCACUGGUGUUCUCUUCGGUGAAGCCACUACAUUGAACGGUGUCUCCUUCCUUGCUUCCAAGUUCGACGGUAUUUUGGGUAUGGCCUUCUCUGCUAUCUCCAUCGACCACAUCCCCCCUGUCUUCUAAGUCCUCAUGACUGAAGGAAAGGUUUCUGAUGGUUCUUUCUCUUUCUUCUUAACCGACAAGGCUGGUGAAGAAGGUUCCGCUUUGGUUUUGGGUGGUGUUGAUCCCUAAUUCGCUGCUUCUGACUUCAAGUACUACCCCGUCACCCUUGAAGCCUGGUGGGUUAUUGCUGUUUCCAAGGUUACUUUGGGCAACAAGACUUACUAACUUACCAACUCCAUCGUCGACACUGGUACCUCCGUCUUAGUUGGUCCCAAGGCUAUCGUUUCUGACAUGGUCAAGAGUCUCCCCAACAAGGGUGCUCAAGCUGUUGACUGCUCUACCAUCAGCAAGUUCCCCAACUUGACCUUCACUAUUGGUGGUGAUGACUACGUCUUAGCCCCCACUGACUACAUCCUCUAGGUUACCGCCUAAGGUCAAACUGAAUGUGUUUUGGGUAUCCAAGGUAUGGACUUACCUUCCCCCAUUGACAACGCCUUCAUUUUGGGUGACUCUUUCAUUCACAAGUUCUACACUCACUUCGAUAUGGCCAACAAGAGAGUCGGUUUUGCUCUUGCCAAGCACGACUGA